UUUUUUAAACACGAUGGAGCGACGAGCAGAGGAGACGGGGAAAGUCAAGGGUUGUUCCGUUUUUCUGGAGUGGUUUUUACGAUUUUUCAAGGGAAGAGUUGCAAACCUUUUUCUGGUUUGACUUCCCAUGUUGAUCAGCGCCUGGACAAACUGAAGCGAUGCUGGUGAGGGACUGCGUCGUCAUCGUCAUCUACGUUUUCACCUUUCUCCUGGGACUUCCAGCCAACCUGCUGGUCCUCUUUGUGUACGUCCGCAAGGCCCGCAAACGCGGCGCCACACCCAACGUGGUCUACGCCCUCAACCUGUGCCUGGCCAACCUGGCCCUGGUUGCUUGGUUACCGGUGAAAGCUCUGGAGACCUUGCUCCGGGACUGGAGGCUGCCACCGCUGGUAUGUCCCAUCUACAGCUUCUUCCUCUUCUCCUCCCUCUACGGCAGCUGCCUCUUCCUCACCGCAGUGACUGUUGGACGUUAUCUCAGCAUCGAGUUCCCCAUCAUUUACAAGAGGUACCGCCGCGCUCGCAUCUCCUGCUUCAUCAGCGUGGCCCUGUGGUUGGUGGUACAGAUCCACCUCAGUAUCGGCCUGGUGGCAGAAGGUGGCGCUCACUUUGUGUCUGUCAGGAACGAAACCUUGGCCUGCUACGACGACUUCACUCCGGCCCAGCUGGCCGUUCUGCUGCCUCUGCGUCUGGAGAUGGCCACCGUCCUCUUUCUCUUUCCUCUGACGGUGGCCUCCUUUUGCACCCUGCGCUGUGUGACCCUGGUGUGGCGCUCACGUUUGCCCCUCAUGGGGAAGAGAAGGGUCCUCGCCGUCGCUCUCUCUACUCUCGCGGUGUUUGUGGUUUGCUACGCACCGUACAACGCCCCGCCCAUCGUCGGGUCGGACGUGGAGUGGAGGACGUACUCUAUGAUAACGAGCUCUUUUAACGUUUUUCUAGAACCUGUGGUCAUGAUGAUGUUGUCACCGGCAGUGUCCCGGGGCAUCAUGGGAAGGAUGUGUGGACGGCAGGGUCCCUUCGGCCGGAAUGAAGGGGUUCGGAGACGAUGCAAUACCACCAACGGAGUUGCCAACGUCAGGUCACCAGCUACAGUGUCUGAGAGAAGCCAGGAUUCAUAUUGAGCAGCAUCAGUAGGAGGAGGUCAAAGAGUCUGCUCCCAGGAGGAGACGCUGACGAGGGAUGAAGAGCCUGGAGUGCCACGUUUGACAGAG